AAAAAAAAAUCUGAGAUUUUUAAUUUUAUCCAGGUUUUGCCAAAUCGAUUGGUCUCAAAAAUUUUGAGAAAUAUUGUUGCAAAGAUGCAGGUGAUAGCGUCCUGCUCUUUGAAACCUUCUCCGAUUACUUCACAUGAGAAUGAUUUUGUGGGUCGACGACAGCUUCUCUCCUCCGCAUGUUCCAGAAUUUCUCAAGGCGACGACGUCGUUUCAGACCGACCCGUUUCUUCAGUGAAGAUUGGUCGAGAUUGCAAGUCGAAUUUGCAUGAGUUAGCCAUGAAAAGUGUACCUUCAACGACAAGGCGGAUCUUGUUGACAAAUUCUGUAACGAGUAGUAGCUUAACUGUCACAAUCAGAGAAUUGUAG